CAUCAUAUGUUAAACCAAACUGCAUAGUUCUCUGUCUCUUACUUUCUUAUGAAUAUUUUAAGUAUUACAGCUGUGGAGGAAACUCCUAAGCUCCUCCAUGGAACAAUUGAAGCUACCAUCUUCAAUGCCUCACCUUACUCACCUAUAUUUCCCUUCAAUUGUUUAUGCAGAAAUGGAAAGCCUGCUUAUGUGACUAUAAAGAUAGACAACCAAAAUUUUGCAAAAACCAGUGAAGAAAGCAACCGUGUAUGGAACCAAACCUUUCAGGUUCAGUGUGCUCAUCCAGCUGAUUCAUGCAUCACCAUUACACUGAAAACAUCACAUUCUUCCAUUCUGGGGAAGUUCCAUAUUCAGGCUCAGCAGCUGUUGAAGAAAGGAGGUUUGAUCAACGGGUUGUUCCCACUCCUCAUGGAUAAUGGAAAACCAAACACAAAACUUAAGUUGAAGUUUAUGCUUUGGUUCAAGCCAGCAGAUUUGGAACCAAGUUGGGCAAAGAUGUUGAGCAAUGACUGGGAAUUUCAAGGGCUGAAGGAGGCUAGCUUUCCUCUAAGGUCCAACUGUCAGGUUAAACUUUAUCAUGAUGCUCACCAUUCUUCAGCUUUUCAACCUCCAUUUGAUCUAUGUGGAGCUCCAAAGAAGCUAUGGGAGGAUGUCUAUAAAGCCAUUGAGGGUGCAAAGUAUUUAGUUUAUAUUGUAGGCUGGUCCUUCAAUCCCAUGAUGGUUCUGGUUAGAGAUCCUCACACAGAAAUCCCACAUGCCAGAGGAAUUAAGUUAGGUGACCUGUUAAAGAAGAAGGCAGAGGAAGGAGUGGCUGUGAGGGUUAUGCUUUGGGAUGAUGAAACAUCUUUACCCUUUGUGAAGAACAAAGGCGAGUUGAACAACCAAGAUGAGGAAGCUUUUGCUUUUUUCAACCACACAAAAGUAAUAUGCAGAAAGUGCCCCAGAUUACACCACAUGUUCCCAACACUCUUUGCUCACCAUCAGAAGACUAUAACAGUGGACACAAAACCUUCCAAAUUUGUUGAUGACAGAGAGCUAAUGAGCUUUGUGGGUGGGUUGGAUUUGUGUGAUGGAAGAUAUGACACAGAGCAGCAUUCAUUGUUUCAAACACUCAUUAGAGAAUCUCAUUGUUAUGAUUUCUACCAAACAAGCAUUGAAGAAGCUAGCCUCAACAAAGGAGGGCCAAGGGCGCCUUGGCAUGAUGCUCAUGCUUGUGUUAUUGGUGAAGCUGCUUGGGACGUGCUAGCCAAUUUUGAGCAAAGAUGGACAAAGCAGUGUGAUCCUUCUUUUCUAAUCCCUUCUAGCACCUUGGCAAAUCUUAUGCCAAAGACAAGCUCAAGCAUUCCUAGGGAGAGGAAUUGGAAAGUUCAAAUAUACAGGUCAAUUGAUCAUAUCUCAGUUAGUGAGUUGUCUACGAAGUCAACUGUGGAGAGGAGCAUCCAUGAAGCUUAUGUUGAAGCAAUUAGGCGUGCUGAAAGGUUUAUAUACAUUGAAAGCCAGUAUUUCAUUGGAGGAUGCCAUUGGUGGAAGAAAGAUAGGCACUGUGGUUGUACUAAUCUAAUUCCCAUUGAAAUUGCACUGAAGGUGGUAAGUAAGAUUAAGGCAAAGGAGAGAUUUGCUGUGUACAUAGUCAUACCGAUGUGGCCAGAAGGAGAACCUGAAAGUGAACCUGUUCAAGAUAUACUGCAUUGGACUAGAGAAACAAUGGCAAUGAUGUAUAGGUUGAUUGGAGAAGCAAUACAAGAAAGUGAGCAACAGGGACACCCUAGAGACUACUUGAAUUUCUUCUGUCUUGCAAACAGGGAGCAGAAGGGACCGGGAGAGUAUCUUCCACUAGAUUCACCCCAACCUGAAACUCAAUACUGGAAUGCUCAAAAGAAUAGGAGAUUCAUGGUUUAUGUUCACUCCAAGUUCAUGAUAGUGGACGACCUAUACAUACUGAUAGGAUCAGCUAAUGUAAACCAAAGAUCCAUGGACGGGCAAAGGGACACUGAGAUUGCAAUAGGAUGCUACCAGUCUCAAGAUGAAGAUGAUAAUCAGGAAAUGAACCUAGAUGAAGUUCAAGCAUAUAGAUUGUCUCUAUGGUAUGAGCACACAGUGAGUGUUGAUGAGUUGUUCUUGGAGCCAGAAAGAUUGGAAUGUGUGGAGAGAAUGAGAUCAAUAGGAGAUGAAAUGUGGGAAAUCUACAACAGUGAAGAGGUGAGAGACAUGGAAGGUGUUCACCUUGUGAGUUACCCUGUGAGAGUAACACCAGAAGGGUAUGUGAAAGACCUCGCUGAUGGAGUUCAUUUUCCUGAUACAAAUUCUCUUGUCAAAGGCAAAAGGUCUAAAAUAUUGCCUCCUAUCUUUACCACUUAGAUAUAAGGUUGAGUUAUCACAACACAAAUCAACUAGUGUUCUAAUAAAUGUGAAGGAAAAAAAAAACAUACAUGUCUUACUUUUUUGUUUAAUUUAGUGCAAAAGUUACUUUAAUAACUUAAAAUAUGAGUACUAAUAUAUUAAGAACGUG